CGCGAGAUUCGUUUGUUGUCAUGGUAACGUGUGUGACGUACUUAAACAAGAUGGCGGAAACAUAGCAGACUAUUAUUAUUUUUAAGAGCUGUAACAACUUUACGCAAAGAUGAUGCGCCGUGAAACUACUAAUCUGUGGCGACAGAAGGCAUCCAAGCCUCUGCUGUCACAAGGCCGAGUGAAGACCGGGAAGUACUACCUGCGUACACAACCAGGUCCUUCACCACUGGAUACAGAGGAUGGACCAAUCUUCAUGAUGAAGAGAAAACGAAAAACAUCCCUCAUCUGGUUUGAUGUGUUCAUUGUCAUUCUGGAGAUGUUACAGAUCUUGGCUCUGAUCCAGGCGAUGUCACUUCGGUGGGUGUGGCCCAAGACAUGGAUUAACUACGCCUAUUUUCUAUUUAUCUUCAACCUUGACAUCUGGGAGCUGGUUAAGGUUUCAAGUGGAGCAUUCUAUGGAGUGCAGGACUAUUUCACACCAAGUUCCUUCCUACCAUUCAGCUAUAACUACAUUGUUUUGGGAUGGGUCCUUCUCUUGUUGUGUUUGAUUGGAGGAUUUGUAGGAACUUAUGCCAUCCUUCGAUACAGGAAGCGACCAUACCUGUUGGUCCAUGUUGCCAGGAUGGAGAGAGCUGGAAUCAUCAUCGCACAGGUCAUAGCCAUUCCAAUUGGAAUAGCCAUUGCCAAGCUAUUUCAGUGCACAAGCAUAUUUUCCAGGGUUGACCCUUUGAAUGACCUUACCUGCUUCACUGAUUUACACUGGGCAUAUGUAACACUGGCGAUAUUUGUCAUCAUUGGGUUCUACUUCCUAGUUCCUGCUUGGAUGAUCUAUAGAACCCGGCAGGAAAUCCUGGCAGCGACACCUCAACACCAUGAGUCCUACCUCCAGCUCAAAGAAAUGGAGUACAUGUCUGGCCUUGAUGUCCUCUGGAUUGUAAAGGGGUUUCACAUAUUUUCAUCCUUUAGACUGAGAUCAGCUUACUUCAGACCUUUCCUACACUUCUUUAAGUUUGCCUUGCUGUGCAUAUAUGCGGCUGCAGUCCAGGACAUAUUUGCUCAGGCUUUAGCCACAACUGGAACCCUGUUAAUUCUGUUGCUCGCUGUCGCCAUCAUCAGGCCGUUCCGAAUUACCAGCUUCAAUGUGUUCCUGAUAUUUGGUUACCUGUGCCUGUUGGGAGAUUGCAUCAUGGGAAGCUGCGUGGCUAGUGUGCCCCCGUCUGAAGUCCUGUCUCCCUGGCUGGUGCAGCCGUACUCCACAUGGAUCCUGGUGGGGGUCAAUGGCGCCUUGUUCCUGGGUAUGCUUGUGUUCCUGGUGCACCUGCUGGUGUAUAACUUCUACUGGCACCGGCAGAAGGGACACUCACCACUCUGGCCAGACAUGGCCAACCAUGGAGCGGAGAGAGUCAGCAUGGAGACCAAGAAGUACAUGGUGUCUGUGCUCAAGGCUAGAGCUAUACUUGAGAAGUGCCGCAGCACCACCCCCAUGUUUGCCCCGGUUCAUGAGCUGUCCCAGCAUAUCCAGGUGAUCAAUGCCUACUUCCGGGAGGCGGAGAAACUGGGAGACGGUCUCCAUGACACUCUGUGGGAUCUCCUGGAUGAGAUGAUUCAGCUACACGAGAAGCUUGAGCCGAAGUCACUUUUCGGAGAUAGCGUGAAGGACUCAAUCCGUGAGACAGCAGAGGAGUUGAUGAAGCUGAUGCCGAUGUUCACACGUCGACUUGCUCAGAGAGACUACGACUUGAUCCUCGUCUCUCCGCUCAAACGUAGGAUGUUGCUGAAGAUGACCGUCAUGGGCUUUUUACUAAAUGGACGAUCAAGUGGUGUUGCUAAGAAACAGAUAACUGGACCAGAGAUGACGAGAAUCUGGCCUGAGUCAGAGACCAACCCUCGAGUUGAAGACAAGAUGGAGUAUUACGAGGACCUGAUGCCCUCCCCACCCCAGGGCCCAGAGCAGGAGCAGAUGUACCUGUCUGAGUCUCUCUGCUUCCCACUUCAACUGGUCGAUAUUGAUGAGGAUGAGAAGAGUGUGUCCUCCAUUUUGAAGGGAGCUCCUGAGAUUCAGCUCUUGUCCCCACCGCCCUCCAGGCCAAGUUUGAGUCUGUCCCGCCACAGCCGAGUGACUUUGAGAGGAGAGGACAAUCCAGGCUUUGAAGGUGACUCUGGAGGUCAGACUGACACGGUCGUGGAUCUGGAGGACUACAAUCCAGGGGAGACAACCACGGAGGACUUGAUUCAGCUGCACACCAGUAAACAAGAUCCUGGUGAACACAGCCGAGAUUCAAGCCCAUCUAAGGCCAGUGGCACAACUAUAUCUGAUGACCUGGACAAAGCCACACGGGACAAGGACAUGUCUGAACAGAAGGGGCACCUGAAGAGAACAGUUAGCACAACGCAUAUUACUGACUCAGCAGGACCUGAAUCUGAGGACAACACAUACACAACCAGUCAGUCCCAGUUACAGCCUGUCUCCACCAGUUUACCAGUGGUCACAACCAGUCCGGACCAGAAGCUGCCAGUAAAGGAGAAAAAACUGAAGAAGAAGAAGAAGUUGUCGAGGAAGAAGUGGAGCACGGAAGACCCAGGCGACAGUACCGACUACUAGACACCUCGUCUCUUGGUGUUAUUAUUGUUGACAAUCCGUCCAUCUAACGAGCAUCCAAUAAGAUCCAGUUUAUUUAGAAGUGCAAAUGUCAACAUUAAACAAAUGGAACAUUAGCUUCUACUUCAUGUCUCAAACAGCGGAAGCUUGUUGCUUAUGAAAUCAAAAUCAAAAUCAAAACUUUAUUGGUAACUUUUACAUUACAGAUCAAAAUAUAAAUGGUUUACCUUCCUCCCAGGAGUGGAAACACUUCGACGUCUGGCUCAUUAGCAAUGAUUAGUAGCCGUGUUAGAUGCACACACAAGUAGGAAACAGUCCAGCUAUACACAUACUAGAGGCAGUGGGUUUUUUAUGUAGACGGAUGCAGCUGUGAUGCUAUUGUUUCCAUGCAGUAUUUUCAUCUUUCAUUUGGUUACAAGGGAUUGUCUUUGUACAUUUUGUCAUAUUAGCUUAUUUAAGAUCGGUUGUGUAUGUAUAUCUUAACACUGACAAUGACAUCCUUCAACUUAAUCGUGUAUGCAUGUUCUGAACUUAAUGUAGAAUAUAAAGAAACAAACAUUUAUAUAUUCUGGCAUUGUACUUGAAAUAGUUUUCAUGAUGUUUUAUGAAAGUUGAUCAAGUUAAAUGUUGUAUCUGAUCACCCAGUGUGUGAAAUUAUCAGGUAAAACUGUGGACGUUUGAUUCAGUCGGUGUGACAAAAACUCUGAUAGCUAUAGCAAUAGAGCAGGCCUAAUCGUGAUAAUGGGGUUCACUCAUGAUAGGGUAGGUAGGAGGUCUUUUGUUUCUUCCUCUUGUGCCAUUCUUCUUUAAAUGUCUCCGACUCUCUACUCACGGAUGUUGAUUGUUUUACCGUGUCAGCUGGAUUGAGGCGAGGGUCGUUUCAACUUUAUUUGCAGAAAAUAUUCAACUUUAUUCAAGGAAAACAGAUACAAAUCAUGUUUAUGUAUGGAAAUAGUUAUUGGAACAGUUAUUUAGGACGAAAUGCGAAGCUUUAUUGUCGAAUGCUGGGCUGGCUAUCGAACGCCGGUUGACAUCGCCAGUGGAAGCUGAACUAAAGUGAAACAACUGGGAAAAAAAUGUGAGAUCUUCGACUCCGUGUAUAAGACGACCCCCCUUCUUAACCUCCUCAUUCUAGGUACGAAAAACUCGCCUUAUGCACAGCGAUAUACGGCACCUUAAUGUUCUGCUGUUUUUGGUGCCAUUGUGCCAUGUGUUCUCUGUGGUUUUGUCAUUUAGUGCCACUGGACAGUUACGGUCUGCACCUUCAAGUUAGGUUGGUCGGGUAGUCAUGACAACUGGAACACAUCAUUUCUGGAGGGCUGAUAUUUCAUUUGUUAAUUUUAAGUCAUAACUGCAGCUUGGUUGUGGUUUGUGAGACCUGCAAGGAUGGAUGCCAGACAAAGCAGAACAUGUUUGCAGGAUUUUCUUGGCAAUAUUAUAAUGUUAAGAUUAAUUCAGAACCAGAGAUGUUUGCCUACGGUGGUGACUCGGUAAUGCGUUGUUGAUUGAAGGUUCUAAUGUUUACUUUGAUGGUGUAGUAUUCCUAAUUAAACACAUUAAUCAAAAAUAGAUUAAUAUUCCUUUAUGUCAUGUUACAUUAUGUAGCGUACAUAGCGGUUAAAACAAGCGGUUAUAUCAGACAAAGACAUCGACAAAGUCACAUGACCUUGGGCCUGGAUAUUCUGAGGGAAUGUUUCCCUGUCCGGAUAAACAUCUCCAGUUUCACACACAGUUCCAGGUGAAUGAAGACAGGUUAGUCAGACAGAGGUUCCCAUCUUUGGUAUACCAGGGACAUCUAAAGUUGACGUGCAGUAGAACAAGGAAUGGUUGUGGUUUCAGUCGAAGCAGGAUCUUCACUUUGUUUCACACUUGUUUUAAAUGUAUGUUUAGUGUUUUGUUUUUUGUUACUUUGGGAAAACUGGUUUUCUUCCACAGGCUUAAGUCAUUCACCCUUUUUAUCAUUAAUAUUUUUUAUGCUUUGAAUAUAUGCAAUUUAUACGACUUUUACAAGACAGCAUUUCAUACUUAUGUGAUAAUUGGCAUUUAUGCAAUUGAUGUAAUUUGUACCAAGGUUUUGUAUUUGUCCAAAGUUUUCCACUGGAAAGUUUCAUAACCCCAAGAGUCGUCGUGCACAAGACUGUUGUCAGUGUGGGCGCCGGCCUCAGACAGGGCUCCAGACAUUGGUCUGUUUCUUUGCUGCCCCAAGUGUGUCACAAGUCAUAGAAACUUACAACAGGGAACAACAUGUGUAAUUAACUUUAAGCUAGACGUAGCAAUUUUGUUUUGCAUUAUGCAGUAGAGUUGCUAUGGGUGACACCUGCAUUGAGGGAGUAAAUAAUAAUGUAAAUAAUCAGUAGUAAUGUAAGUUAAGUUCACAAAUAUAAACAUUAUCUGGGGAUUUUACUAGAUCUGUAAAGAAAUACUGAAAAGGCUAUACUGAAUAAUUCAAUAUAUAUAAUACAGUUUUUUUUACACUAUUGGCUUUUUCUAAAUUUUCAUUGUGCAAUCAGCUCAAAAGUAAUUGGGUAAUGGUGGUAUAUUUUGUGUGUUUUACACAAAUGUACAGCCUACCUGGAGCUCUGGCAGAGUCUGGCUUCAUACUUGCUACAGGAGCAGUCACAGGCACAUGGUACAUGUUACAUCUAGUAUUCCAAGAUCAGUUGAUCAGCUGGAUCAUUCACAAAAUUAUCAGCAUGUGAAAUAAAAUUUAUACAUCUUUUACACUCA